UUCCAGUAAUAGAUGGAAGCUGGAUUCACUGGAAGUCUGUGCAACACAUGUACAUGAAAACAGAUGGGGAGAGAGCUCCAAACAGAAUCUCUUUUUUAAAUGUUUACUCCUGGAGACAGUUGCAGUGAUGUCAAACGUGUCGUCAGGAGUCCAUGUGUGAGAGAGGGGAGGGCAGGCAUUCCAUACAGAGACAAAAGGAGGUAGGCACAAACAUGUGAGGGGAGAUGCAGAUGAGCUUGUAGGGAGCACUGUCUGAAACUGCAGAAGUUGACCUGAGGUGAAGGUGAAAGCCUCAGGACAGUAGGAUUUGGACGAGUGCCACAAUGAAUGUGACAGAAGUCCACCAGGAUCAAGCAAACAUCUACAGUCAAGGAAAUGCUUCUGGCAAUGGAAGCAUGGAUUCCCUGGACCUCUUGUCCCCCUAUGACACAACCAUCAACAUUUUCACCAUCUUGAUCCUCAUAAUCACCAUGAUAUCCCUCGGUUGUACGAUGGAGAUUUCCAAAAUUAAAGGCCAUUUCAUCAAGCCAAAAGGAGUAGGCAUUGCAUUGGUGUCCCAGUUUGGCAUCAUGCCUCUCACUGCGUUCUGCCUGGCCAAAAUCUUUCAGAUGGAUAACAUGAAGGCUGUGACUUUGCUCAUAUGUGGAAGCUGUCCAGGGGGAAGCUUAUCAAACGUUUUUUCCCUGGCCAUCCAGGGGGACAUGAACCUCAGCAUUGUAUUGACCACUUGCUCCACCUUCGCGGCCAUGGCUAUGAUGCCUUUGCUGCUCUUUAUUUUCUGCCGAGGCUUCCCCGGUCUGGAAAAUGCCAUCCCUUACACCAGCAUCAUCACGACCCUCGUGCUCACACUGGUGCCUUGUGCCAUCGGCAUCGCCAUCAAUCACUACAAAUCAAAGUGGGCAGUAAUGGUGAAAACAGUUGGUCUCAGCAUCCUCUUUAUUUGCACCAUCCUCAUUCUUAUCCUGUCUGGCACUGCCAUCAAAGACGUGCUGUGGCUCUCCCUCACAGCAGAUAAUGUGAUAACGGCUGCUCUGAUGCCACUGAUUGGCUACGUACUGGGAUAUGUCUUGUCUUUCAUUUGUGGACUCGAUGCUCAAUGCAGGAGAACCAUCUCCAUGGAGACGGGUUGUCAAAACAUCCAACUGUGCUUUGCCAUCCUAAAGGUGGCUUUUCCACUGGAGGUCAUCGGACCCAUGUUUUUCUUUCCCCUGAUAUAUAUGGUUUUCCAAUGUAUUGAGGCCUUUCUCCUGAUCCUUUGUCUCAGAUGUUACCAAACAUUCGCGGCACCAGCUGAGGAUAAAAGAUAUAGCAGUGUUGACAUUAAACAUGAGGCAGUGAACCCACCAAGCCGGCCUUACCAAAAAGGACUCAGUGCUGGAGAAGGACAAGAAGAGGAGCUGAAUCGUGCACACAGAGAGGACAGAGCUCUUCAGUGAAUAAACUGUAUUAUCUUCACUCAGGCCUGUGAUACGGAUAGAGAUUGUUUAAGCA